AAAUUCUUCGCCGCUCUGUUUUUCAUAUCGGCGUGACGCCCAAGCUUUCCAAUCGGCUGAUCUGGAAGCGAUGAGGAGGCAUGCUCAGAAGCGCAACAUGGGAGCUGGGGCGUGCGUGGCAGGUGCCGCGGCAUGUGAUGGUUGGAUCCAAGAGAAUCGGCCAGUCGCUGUCACAGGGGACAAUUCGACAUGCGUCAAGUGCACAGAGCGCAAGGGCGACGCCGCCUCAGAGAUACCAGCAUCCCGAACUCGAUAGCGAUGGCGUCACGAACAAGACGGCUCCGUCGCAAGACCGCGCUGAGUUGAGACGGCAGCUUGCGGCGGACAAGCAGCGCGAAGGCACAUCUCCCGAAAUCCCGUCCUGGAUAGCUGCCGCACCCCUUCGCCGCCGAACCGAGCGCCAACUGGGCAUGUCAAAGUCCUGGACGAACUUGAGUCCAAGCUAUUUGCUGGAGACCCUACUCGCGAACGGCCCCCCGAGCGACGAAGUACGGAAAAACACAGCAAUGAUUCGCAGCUUCCGUCUACCGAUAGUUUUGAUGCAGAUGCGACUUCGAUACGAAGCAGAGGCCGACCCGGAGAAUAAUAGCGAAAUUCUUGAAUUGCUGCCGUCUCAGAAGACAUGGCAGAAGGUGAUGAGCAUCAUGUACGAAAACGGACAUACGGACGAGAACCUCGAAUACUACCUUUACAUCCUACUGGCCGCGAACGAUGAAGAGCGAUGUCGGCGCUUUUUGGAGCAGGACACUAUGAAACCUAUUUUCAUUCUCAACUUUCUCUUACGAACCGGCUCGUCCAUCCGAAACACAUCAACCCUCGAUGGCCUGUUGAAAUAUUUCUGGGAUCGCUCCUGCAGCACUUCUAAAGAGGAUGGUGCCAGACCAACCUCCGGACGAGGGACACAAGCGCGGUCACGCCUCGCUAUGUUUAAUAUGGGCCCAGACGAGUUCUCCCGGCUCAUGUCACGAUUUGCAAACCACUGCCGCCGGCUGGAACCCAGACUAUUGACUACUUUGGCCGAAAUUGUGGCACAGCGCAUCAGAUGGCACCUACAGUCCUCGGACCACUCUACGAAGAUUUACCACGUACAGUGCAGCCUUUUCAAUUCUGCGUUGAGGACAUUUGCAAGUAGAGCAAGCUUGACGGUCCGACAUAAGCAGGCCCCUAAUGCCUACUUUUGGGAGGCCCAAAGAAUCCUCCUUGGGAUGUCGGAUCAGCUUGCUAAGCCUCUGCUUGUGGAUAAGGCCGGAUUCAAGGCCAUCAGGGCUGUGCUAGCCGGACUGCCCAAGAACCAGGCCGAGAUUCACAGUGCAAUGCGCCACUCCCAAACAUGGCCCCCCUAUCUGCGACCGGGAGAUGGUAUGGACGAGAGGAUGGAGCCUAGUGAGGCCUGGACUCGGACAGUCCGAGCAGGCACCAUGAUGCAGGAGGCUGGGUUCUCUAAGGACCAGAAUGAUGAGGCUUUGGACAUCUUACAAGGCCUGGCCUACGAUGGGACCCCUGCAAUUCAACAGAGGACGCCGGUGAACUCGAAGAAGCAACUCCGAGUGUGGGCGGCGUCAAUAAAAGCCACGCGAAAUGCACAGGAGGCCUGGGGCAGGUUUCAGCACCCCCCUGAGAAAGGCCAAAAACCGGGUCUCUCAGAGUAUGCAGCGAUGUUUGAGAAACUCUUUGCCAGAGACGCCGACUUCGCUGUGAGCAAUGUGCCGGGAAACAACUCACUUAAUUUUCCAAUUCAAGAAGAGGCAAAUCUGGCUGAAUUUGAGAAGGCGCGGUUGCGGGCUCCUGGCGUGGACGAGCUUUAUGAGAAGAUGAAGCUCAACGGCAUUCUGCCCAGCGGACAAUGUCUGCGGAUUCUGGUGUCAAAUGCCGUGUCCCUGCAGACGGCCCAUCGGUAUCUCAUGCAAAGCACGAUGCCACAACACCAGUGGUCAAGCUUACUGUCCAACAGCCCGGAUCCCGAGUCCCUGGGAGAGAUACCGCUCGAUAUAUUUUCUGCGUAUAUCAAUGUCUGCGCUAGAGACACCCGACAACCAAGACGGAAAUUGGUACGGGCCAUGCGGUUGAUCGAGGUUCGUCUUGAGCGCGAGCCGCAGCUUUGGGCACCAUACUUGUGGGAACCCAUCCUGAAGAACCUGGGACAGCACCAUCUCUCGUUGGGAAUUAGUGUCGGAGAGCAGUUGCAGUUGGCCAUGCGCCUGGUUCAGCGCAUACAGGAGUCUCAAGGGUUCCCCUUGUCGCUCUUCCACCAGUUUGCUCGGUGCCUGAAGAGCAUUUUGCGGCGGGAGAUUGUCAAGCUCUCGGCACAUCUGAAAUUGGAUGACAGUGCAGUACCGAACCCACUCGGCCUCCUCUACGACCCGGAUGCCAGGGAGGUGCAAGCCACGCAGGAACCCGACCAGGCAUGUGAGCCGCCGACAUUGGGCAACAGUGGAGUUGAUUCGCCCUUGACUUUGGCUAGAUUAGCGGCCACGCGCCUGCAGGAGCUCUUUGACGAGUUGGUUGCCGAGGAAAAGAAGAGACAGGGACUGCUGGGAACCAACGAUGUGUCACAGCUUGACGCAAUGCUGUUGCGGCGAGACCCUGUCUCGGCGCCAAUAGUUCACGACUACAUACUGUGCUUGGCAUUUGCAGGAGAGUUUAAGGAGAUGGCCAGAGUGAUCCAAUGGCUGAUGCAUGAAUGGGGACAAGGGCAGCUGACUGACGAGCUCGAGGCCCUGGACGAGGUGCCUCAUGAGGCGGACAUGCUUGACACUCUGUGUGCGUUUCGAGCCUUUGCGGAGCCAAUGCUGGAGCAAGCGACGGUGGACUCGGUGCUGGAAGCGCUGAAUGCAAGCCUGGUCGGCUGGACCUGGCCAGAUGACGAGCUGGUCCAGAGCUAUCUUGAUGGCCGGCUAGAGGACGAAGCGAACAAUGACUUGAGCGAGGUGCUCAAGUGGGUUCGUCAGCAGCAGCGUCAACGGCGGCUAAAUAUGGACACAACCAAGAUAGACGAGGAGCCAGGGACGUAACAACACAGACGGAAUCAGCAAUAUCGGGAAAAGCUAGAGCACGGAACGGCGUUUAUGGGAUAUGAAUGAGGCGGCUUGUUUGUUGGAUGCCGCCAGGGUUAAGAUGCAUGGAUUGGAUACAGAACUUGUACGAGUAUUGGAUGUGGAUGGAUAGACGGAGUGGGGAUGACGGCCCACACCAGGCUACGUGAUGAUACCCUGUAGAAUCUAGAUGUACAACAUGGGCAAAGGGAAACUCAGAUGUCAAGAAUCAAUGAACAUGAAUACGAAAAUAGAUAUGAAAGGGAAAAAAACAUGUCGGAUCUUGUGAAUACUGUUGUGGGGGUCAUAGAGGG